AGAAAGAAGGGAGAGGAAAGAAAGGAAAAGAGCAGAGGAGGAGGGUUGAAGGCAGCAGCAGCAAGACAGGAGCAGCCUUUGAAGGAGGCCGCAUCCCCAGGGUGGGGGUCAGGCCAGGUCACUGGCCACCCGGCCAGCGGCCAGCAGCAUGAGCGGCUCGGUGCUCCUGAGGAGGAAUUCUAGCAGACGGGGCCUGGAGCAGCUCCUGAGGCUCACCACCCAGUGGAGUGUGGAGGAUGAAGAAGAGGUGGCCCGGGAGCGCCGCCGGCGGGAGAGAGACAAGCAGCUCCAGGCCCAAGACCAGGAUGAAGGCGGCCAGUCCCCAAAGUGGCCAGAGCAGGAGGCACUUCUGAAGCCCUCACGGACCCCUGAACUGGAUGAAGAUGAGGGCUUUGGUGAAUGGUCGCAGAAGCCAGAGCAACAGCAGCAGUCUUGGGGGACUGAGGGGCCUGUGGAUGGCUGCAACCUCCCUGGGGGCAAGUGUCCAGAGGGGGAGCAGGAGGACAGUAGGUCCUGCCAGUGUUCCUGUGAAGAUGACAGCAACCGUGGUGGACUUCUUUACACAGAAUCUCAGCUGGAGGGACUAUGUCUGAGCCAGGAGGGACCAGGCCCAGAUGAAUCUGAAGUCCAGGGCCACCUGGGGGCUGCAGAGCCCAGAGAGGCAGAGGAGGAGCACCAGCAAUGUCUGCAGCCCAGGACCCCCAGCCCCCUGCUCUUAGAGGGGACCACGGAACUGCGCUCACCUCCCCUGAGCCCCACUGCUAAACUUGCCGACAGGACCGAGUCCCUGAACCGCUCCAUAGAGAAGAGUAACAGCGUGAAGAAGUCCCAGCCAGCACUGCCUAUCUCCAAGAUUGAUGAGAGGCUGGAACAGUAUACACAGGCCAUUGAGUGUGCUGGUCGGACCCCUAAGCUAUCUCGCCAGCCUUCCAUAGAGUUGCCCAGCAUGGCUGUGGCUGAUACCAAGAGUCGGUGGGAGACUGGAGAGGUGCAGACUCAGUCUGCUACAAAGACUCCCUCCUGCAAGGACAUUGUCGCUGGAGACCUGAGCAAGAAGAGCCUCUGGGAGAAGAAAGGAGACUCUAAGACAUCAUCUACAGUCAAGAGCACCCCAUCUGGGAAGAGGUACAAGUUUGUGGCCACCGGUCAUGGGAAGUACGAGAAGGUGCUCUUGGACGAGGGCUCAGCACCUUAGGUCACACCUUUUGGUGCAGGCUAGCAGCUCCCUCUGCUCUGCCAGGGGAGACUCUGCCUAGGCACCACUGCCAACGCCAGCCUCCGCUGAGAAGUUGCUGCUUAUGACCAGCACGGCCUGCCCUCGCUGCCCACCCCCGAAGCUCCCGCCUCCUUCACUACCUCCUUCUGCUCCUGGGCCUUCAGGCCUCUGUACUUUCCUACUCUGAUUCCCUAGCUCUGCCUCUCACAGCUGAGGAAGGAAGAAGACUCCUGAUCAUGGUUAAAGGGAUGACUUCUUAGGGUAGCUAAGAGGCCCUAAGGAAGGUAGAAACAGGCCCAGCUUUUGCAGAGGGCCAGGCACCUCACCAGACCUGAGGGACACCUGAGGCCAUGCUGGAUGUGCAGCACUCUACAUCUUUCAAGCUCCCUGCUUACAGGACCCCCUCGCAUUUUGGGCAAUAAACUGUCUCAAGAGCC